CAUGUAACAUGUGUUGGAGUUUCUAAUUUAGAACUACAAUUGUGUGUUGGCAGUUAGGCUCUCAUGCCACGAUUGUGUUAUUAUAUUCUCUAUCAUCAUAGUAUCAAAAUUGAGCAUUCGUUUUAAUUUGAUUGAUAAUUUUUUGUAUUGUUAUGAAUUGAUUGAAGUUGCUCAUGUGAGUAGUGUGUUCACUGUCUAUUAUACCUGUGUGAAUUGUGAUUGCCAUCGACAUGGAAGUAUUACCUAUAUUGCUGGUACUGGCGAUAAAUGGUUUCUUUGGCGGGGUCUCAGCCGGGGACGAUGUUACUACUCAGUAUCCGCCUUGUGACGAGGAGACUAUUGCGUGUAUCAGAUCUGUUAAUGAAGGAGCUCUGCCUCCAUCGUUUGAUGAACAGCUUGCCAAUAAUAACUGGAGAAUUGUCUACAACUCGAUAUUUUUUGCCGAAGAAGCUCACGCUGAUUGCAUAUCAACACACAUCGGUAUAGAGGAGUGUUAUGAUACGUACUACAAUAACUGCAAUUACGUAAAAACUGGUCGAUACAACAUAACGUACAUAGACGACUAUAUGGAGGCAAAUAAUGAAGGAGGGGUUGUAUGGCAUGCAUACACUAUUUAUCACUGCAAGGAGACGCAAGUUGUUUCUUACUACGUAUGUAGCCCGUAUGGUCAGUCACCCUUCCAUGUGGACAUCUACUGCCCUUGGACCUUAGACGAUGAGGUAUGCAGAAAAGGAUUGGAGAGCGCGCGAUAUCGAUUGGAAAUUUGUGGGAUAGCCAAUGGAAAAAGAAUGUGUGAAAAAAGAUGUAAAGACUGCUGAAUAAAAGAUGACAAUCUUUCAUAGUCUUGCUAACUUGAAAACCAUGCGAACUUAAGUUUAAAUAUAUUUUAAAUGAAUAAACAGAGAAUUACCUACUA